AUCACUGGCUGAGGCAAGAGAUAUCAUCUGGGAUCAUCAGGAUUGAGUAUCUGCAAUCAGAGAGGAUGCUGGCUGAUGGGUUCACAAAGGUAUUAUCUGGGAACAAGUGGAAUAGAUUCUUAGAAUAAUUAGGGCUAUAAAGAGUGAAGAGCUCAAAUACUCUGAAGGAGAUAGACUUAGAUGAAGUGCAAGGCAAGUUGGAAGACAUGCUACUCUGAAGAGGAGAUGCUGUUGUGUCCAGCUUGCAAUGAGUUCCAAGCUGAGGGGGUAUGUCAGAUGGUAAGCCAGUUUAUGGAUAUCCCAUCUGGGACUGGAGAUGAGGACUGGGAGAAACUGUCUGUACCGGUACUAUCUGAGGACAUAUGGCUAGUGAUUCUGCAGUGGCUAGUGUCCUGCACAGUCUUGGUGCCCAGAGAAGGAACAUCAAAACCGGUGUCAGGCCCCAGCCUCACCCACACAAGGACACACCUGAAUACAAUCAGUCAACCCAUCUUCAAUCUUUCUGUCACCGUGAUAUCUUCAGAUACCAUCAAAUCUGAUA